AUGAGCCGAACCCUGAGUUGCGUCCUGCCGCUGCUGCUGCACGCGUUGGUGGCGUUCGGCACCGAACUCACGUUUGAGCUUCCCGGUAACGACAAGCAAUGUUUCUACGAAGAAUUAGAGAAAGACGUGAAGUUUGACUUAGACUUUCAGGUCAUUUCUGGUGGAAACUAUGAUGUGGACUGUUUUGUCAGCGAUCCUUACAACAAUGUCUUGUAUAACGAGAAGAAGAAGCAGUAUGACAGCUUCUCUCACACCACAGCUGUCAGCGGGACCUACCAAGUCUGCUUCAGCAAUGAGUUCUCCACUUUCUCCCAUAAAACCGUGUACCUGGACUUCCGCCAGGGAGAGGAGAGGCCUCUGAUGGCGGGCAUGACGAGCAGCACCGCACUGACUCAGCUGGAGUCGUCCUGUGUCUCCAUUCAUGAGAUCCUGAAGGUGGUGGCCGAGUCGCAGACGUGGUACAGACUGAGAGAGGCACAUGACCGCACCAGGGCAGAUCACCUUCUGGAGCGUGUGACCUACUACUCUAUUGGGGAAACCUUCCUGCUGUUCGUCAUCGGCAUUGGUCAAGUCAUGAUGCUCAGGAGCUUCUUCAUGGAGAAGAAAGGCUCUGUGGCAGUUAGCACUUAGACCACGUGAGCUUGGAAAACCAUCUGUGAGCACGUGUUGUACUGUUUUCAGCAAAUCCUGUAGGAUACUUUGAGGAGUUCUCUCAUUGUUGCCCUUGUGUUACUAAAAUGCUGAACUGAAACAGAACACCACUCAUUACUAGAAAAUCCAAUUCUUUAAACAUCGCACAAAUAUUUAUUAUAUUUUUAUAGAGGUGCUCUGUGAAGCAAGUGUAGUCCAAUGUAUUGAUCAUCCAGCCGUUAUGGCCUGGUGACCUGUGUAGGUGGGUGGAUAAGGGAUGGGUGGAGUAAUGACCCAGGUGCCCCUGAAGUGGGACCAUUAUAGAUUAUUCUCUGGCAGUUAGAGUGAAUGUUGUGUCACAGUGAUAGUUAAGAAAUGUUUUGUUUGUUUCAAGUGUGUUAUGUUGGUUAUUACCUUAAUUCAUGUACUUGCUGGUACAUUGUUUUUUAGUGUCCUUGUUUGUCUCUUACAAAGUGCCUUAUAGAAACUUUUCUUACAGGGUUUAGGUUUUGAUUUGUACGUUACUGAUUGAUUUGAUUCAGUGUUUAUUCUUAUGUUUUACAUUCAUGUGUUUGUGAAGAAUGGUUUUUAUUUUUCACUGUAAAAGUUGGGUCAAAAGGUC